AUGGAUAACCAUUUUCAAGUGUCCUCAACCAAACUUAAACCGGGUCAAACCAAAGAAGAACAACAAGUUGAAGAAGAUGCGAGUCUGCUAGCGAUGAAGAUGUCAAACGCAAACGCAUUCCCCAUGGUCCUCAAGGCUGCCUUAGAGCUCGGUGUGAUCGACACCAUCGCCACCGUAGGCCAUGGUUUGUGGCUUUCAUCUUCUGAGAUAGCUCUAAGACUCCCUACCAAACCGAGCAACCCGGAAGCUCCGGUUUUGCUAGAACGGAUGCUGCGGUUUCUCGCCAGCUAUUCCGUGUUUAAAUGCCGUACUGUUGCAUUAGAAGAGAACGGCCAAACCGAAAAAGUCGAGAGGGUAUAUGCAGCCGAACCGGUGUGCAAAUAUCUCGUAAACAAUAGUGACAUCUCGGGUUCUUUUGCACCUCUGAGCAUGGUUCACCUCAGCGAUGUCUAUAACAAGACUUGGUUACAUCUCAAAGAUGUGAUAUUAGAAGGAAGUGAUGCAUUCAGUUGUGCGCAUGGGAUGAAAGUAUUCGAAUACUUCCAAACUGAUACAAAAUUCGGUGAAGUGUUUAACCGGGCUAUGUUGGAAUCUUCCACCAUCGCUAUAGAGAAACUUCUAAAUGUUUAUGAAGGAUUCAAAGAUGUGAAGACUUUGGUGGAUGUGGGAGGAGGACUUGGUCACACACUAAGUCUCAUCACUUCCAAGUAUCCUCAUAUUAUGGGUAUCAAAUUCGAUUUACCUCCGGUUUUAGCCCGUGCUUCUCCAUAUCCCGGUGUACAACAUGUAGCGGGAGAUAUGUUUACGGAAAUUCCCAAUGGAGAUGCUAUUUUCAUGAAAGUGAUAAUAGUGGAAAUGGUUACACCAGUAGAAGCAAAGAGCGGAGACAUAUUUUCUAACAUUGUGUUUGGUAUGGACAUGGCAAUGUUAACACAAUGUUCGGGUGGCAAAGAGAGAUCUCUUACAGAGUUUGAAGCUCUCUCUUUAGCCUCGGGCUUUGCUCGUUGUGACAUCGUAUGUCCGGUUAAUCCAUUUUCCGUCAUCGAAAUCUAUAAAUAG